CAACCUUAAAAUGUUGUUUUUCUAACCAAACAAAAACGUUGUUCUCUGUUUUGCACUCUCUGUUUCCUCUUUUCAUCACUAGCAAAAAUUCUUCUUCAAGAAUGGAAAAUUUGGAAAAUGAAGCACUAAAUGGUCAUCCCAACUCUAGUCUUGCUGAAAAAACUAAUGAUUACAUGAUCGAUGUUGGUUUCACAAAACAAGAGAAAAACAACUAUGAAUCAAAUUUUGAGAUACAAGAAAAAUUAGAGAGGGAGAAGAGAAUUGAUGAGUGGCUUCCAAUUACUUCAAAAAGGAAUGCAAAAUGGUGGUACUCAGCUUUUCACAAUAUCACUGCCAUGGUUGGAGCUGGUGUUCUUGGUCUUCCCUAUGCCAUGUCAAAACUUGGAUGGGGUCCAGGUGUCACUAUACUUACCAUUUCAUGGAUCAUAACAUUAUACACACUUUGGCAAAUGGUUGAGAUGCAUGAAAUGAUUCCAGGAAAACGUUUUGAUAGAUAUCAUGAAUUGGGUCAACAUGCAUUUGGUAAAAAACUAGGUCUUUAUAUUGUGGUGCCUCAACAACUUGUGGUAGAAAUUGGUGUCAACAUUGUCUAUAUGGUCACUGGAGGAACAUCAUUGCAAAAGUUCCAUAAUACUGUGUGUUCAAGCUGCAAAAAAAUUAAAUUGACCUAUUUCAUUAUGAUAUUUGCCUCUGUUCACUUUGUGUUGUCUCAUCUUCCAAACUUCAAUUCAAUUUCUGGAUUGUCAUUGGCUGCAUCAGUCAUGUCCUUCAGUUAUUCUACAAUUUCUUGGGCUGCAAGUAUAGAUAAAGGAAUACAAGAAAAUGUACAAUAUGGAUACAAGUCACAUAGCAAGGCAGGAACAACCUUUGACUUCUUUAAUGCACUUGGCACUAUUGCUUUUGCAUAUGCUGGACACAAUGUGGUACUUGAAAUCCAAGCAACAAUUCCAUCAACACCUCAAAAACCAUCCAAGGUUCCUAUGUGGAGAGGUGUUGUUGUUGCAUACAUUAUUGUUGCUUUUUGCUAUUUUCCUGUGGCUAUUAUUGGUUACUUGGUGUUUGGCAAUGAGGUUAAGGAUAACAUUCUCAUCUCUUUGGAGAAACCAAAAUGGCUUAUUGCAACAGCUAAUCUUUUUGUGGUUAUUCAUGUAAUUGGAAGCUAUCAGAUUUAUGCAAUGCCAGUGUUUGACAUGAUCGAAACAUUACUAGUGAAAAAAUUCAAAUUUGAACCAAAUAAACUUGUUCGAUUUGUUGUGCGUAAUGUGUAUGUAGCAUUCACAAUGUUCAUUGCUAUUACAUUUCCCUUUUUCGAUGGCCUUCUAGGAUUUUUUGGAGGGUUUGUUUUUGCUCCAACAACAUAUUUUCUUCCAUGUAUCUUGUGGAUGGCAAUCAAAAAACCUAAAAAGUUUGGCUUAUCAUGGUGGACUAAUUGGAUAUGCAUUGCGCUUGGCCUAUGUUUAAUGAUUUUAUCAUCUCUAGGAGGAUUGAGGAGAAUCAUAAUUGAAGCUAAGACAUAUAAGUUUUACUCAUCAACUCCUUCCCCUUCGAAUUAGUAAUUGGAAUAUUCAUAUUUACAUAGAAGAGAAUGUAACAAACUAAGAAUUUAAUUUGUAUGUGAUGUGAAUAUAAGAUUAUUUUAUGUUACACGUAUAUUCAGUUAUAUUUAUAAAAUAUUUUAAAAAUAAAAAAAAGAAGUCAAAUCAUGAUAUGAUUUAAUUUCUCUCUCUUGACUAUAGCUCUUAGGUAGUAUUAAGUGCAUAGUUUCAUCUAAUUGAAUGUUGUAGGGGUAAUUGGGGGUUGUGGGGGACGAUAACUCCUCUUAGUAAUGUUCAAAAGUAUCGUUGUAAGCUGAACCUUACUGUUAUUAAUUGAGCACAACUUGUACUUUAUAAA